CAGUUCAGUACAAGCCGUCCUCCGUUUUGUGAAUCGCCGGAGUUCAUGCCGGGGGAUCCGGAAGCUUUCCUCGCACUUCUCAAAUCGCGAAUCCAUGAAGCUCGCAUCACAGGACAACUGACCCGUUACCAUAAACUAUUUUCCGCGAUCCCGCGGGACAUGCUCAUGAAAUUCAGGAAAAUUUACAUGAAUAUCCCUGCGCACAACCCGUACGACGUGCUCAAAGAGGCACUUCUCCGUCGUAUGGCCAUUUCUGAGGAGAAACGCAUUCAGCUCUUACUAUCUGGGAUACAACUGGGAAACCUCAAGCCGUUCCAGUUAUUGCGUCAGAUGUGUGCGUUGGUAGGCAGCACAACUUUAGACGACUCUGUACUGCAUCAGAUCUGGCUCCAGCGGCUUCCGCCUUACGUACAGAGCAUACUCAACGUUUCCACCAAUUCCUACAGUCUCGACGAACUAGCCGAAGCUGCAGACGGAGCUAUGGAGCAAACGAAGCUGUUUCAGCCCAUAAUGAUCCAUUGUUGCUCAUCGUCCAAAUCGACCGUAUUCCAUGCAGAUUUGCAGACACUGCAACAAUUGGCCUUCAUCGGUGAUGCCGGAUUGGUUUGCCUUCUGCGUUUAGCGUCCAGUUCGUACUUCGAUGAUGUCGUUGUUGUCAGUCUUCGGAACACCGCAUGCUCCAGUGGGUCACCUAUGACUAUUUCGUCGUCCUCACUGUCGACUGGUCGGCUCACCAAAACUGAUUUCCGCUUUUCAAUCGAAUCGCUUGUUGAAGCUACAGGUGGAUUAUAG